AUGGAGAAGACUGAAGAAAGAGAACUGCGAUGGAGAAGGGAUGUCCGGAACUUUUCUCGAAAAUUUCUUGGCUCUUUUAAAAGUACUGGAAUGUCUUGGCGUGUGAGGGUCAGAUCGAUGACAGCACCAUCAUCGGGUGCUUAUCUGAAUCCAUUUACAAACGGUAACAUUUGUGGGAAUCCUUAUUCGAUAGACUUACCACAUCAGAGCCAAUCGAACCAUUACUGCUUCGGAGAGAAUGUGUCAUCGAACGUAAUUACAGAUACGGUCGAAAUGGAGAUUAAUGAAGAGUAUGAAACAGAAUUCGAAAAGAAUUGUGCAGACGUACAUGUUGGAAAUUUUAAAAAUAUUUCUCGAAAACGUCGUUCUCUUUACGGAAAUGAUGCUCCACUGUGUAAGCGAAGAAUGGAAAAAGUUAGUGCUCGUUUAGAAAAUUUCCACAUAUCGAGCGAUCCUGACCCAUCAGUGCUAGAUUCUAAAGAUAGCGACUCAGAAGACACUGGUGAGGAAGAUAUUGAGAAAGAUGCAGUGUUGGUUCUAGACGAGAGGCUACGGAAGUAUAUCGAGCAUGAACUUAAAGCGCCACCUAUUACUAUUAACAAUCCUUUAUCGAUGGCCUUAGUACCUUAUGUGCCGCCCAUAUCCUAUGAUAAUCCAGCAAUGAUUGGACGGAUCAAAGAAAUUGAUACUGAACAUGCGGUAGGAUACGUGUCUAACGAUAAUGGUUUUGUUACUUUCCCGGAUGAUACAUGCACAAUAGAUUCGGGAAAUUACUCGAGUGAGACGACUGCUCAAAGCACUAAAUUGCCGUCUUCUAUAAUGAACGUCACGGAAAUACACACUUAUGUGCUGGAUGAUGCUAUUAUGGAGAUCGAUAGUUUAUAG